CGAAGCCCGAACAGAGGUCUUCCAAAGCAGAAUCAAAUACACUUAACCCCCUGCAAUGCAAGGCUACAAAUCAGCUUACAGCAACAGAACCCUCUGAUAAAAAAAAAACUUGCAGCAAAAACAGAAAAAUAUCAGCCUGACGACGGCCAUGGUCGGCUGUCCUCCGCCUUGGAUGUACGGCGCGGGGGGCUACGAGCAUGACCCCGUCAGCGACGGCGAAGAACCAAGCCGGAAUUACCUGCUCGUCGAGAUCGCCGGCGACGAGAAACAGAUCAGCGCAGCAGAAUACCUGAUCCUCGACGUCUCCGACGACAGCUCGGACGACGACGACGACGCUCAUCCAUCCCCAGAGCACACCGACGAGCUGCCCCUCCGGCCCAUGACUCCCUUCCGCAAGGCCUGCAUCGACGUGUUGUUCGUGGUGGGAACGUUGGUGAUGGAGGCUGAUCUUGUGUGGGUGGCUGUCCAAUCCGAGGGAGGCAACUGGCUCCUCAGGAUUCUCGCGAUGCUCCCGGCCAUGGCUCUGUACCUGCUAAUUGCGGAGUUACUGUAUUUUGCUUCGACUAGGGAUCUUUCGGGGGAAUUCAUGGCACCACCGGACGAGUGACCUGGUCGUGAACUAUUAG